GUUGCACAAGAGAUUUCACACGCGGACCCUCGACAUGUUCAAUUUCGACUCGACCAGUCAAACGGCGCCACCAAGUAACGUGACCGGCCAUUGAUUGGAUUGAAUUGACAACCGAACCUACGUUGAGUAUUUCAUACACUGUGGCCGCCGAAAGGCAUGCACGACCAAGCGCAUGGAGGCCCGUCUAAGUCAUUCCUGGGCCCGGCUCGCAACACUGCCACAUUGCCACUUCUUACAUAUGUUUGACUUGUAGCGAGGACUUCAGAAUACUUUGCUACUUGACGUUCGACAGGCCAGGGUGAAAACUUGGAGCCGCCUACAUUCGUUUGCCUCGUGUCUACCGCACUGCCUGAGUUGUAAUCCUUUCCUGGCCCAUGGAGGCUGCGCAGUAGAUUAGACCGGCCCAAGGAGGGACCACUCUGACCUGCCGGGGUCGGCAGGGCAUUCUUGACUAGCGAACUCCACGUAGCAAGGUAGCCAUGGACAUUGCUCAGGUCGACGAGAUUAUUGAGCGGCUUUUGGACGUGCGGAAUGGCCGCCCGGGGAAGCAGGUGCAGCUGGCGGAGAAUGAGAUUCGUCUGCUCUGCUUGACGGCCAAGGAGAUCUUUAUGAGCCAGCCCAACCUGCUGGAGCUGGAGGCGCCCAUCAAGAUUUGCGGCGACAUCCACGGGCAGUACUCGGACCUGCUGCGCCUGUUUGAGUAUGGAGGCUUCCCUCCGGAGGCGAACUACCUAUUCCUCGGCGACUAUGUCGACCGCGGCAAGCAGUCUCUGGAGACCAUUUGCCUGCUGCUGUCGUUCAAGAUCAAGUACCCGGAGAACUUCUUCUUGUUGCGGGGGAACCACGAGUGCGCGUCCAUCAACCGCAUUUAUGGCUUCUAUGACGAGUGCAAGCGGAGAUACAACAUCCGCCUGUGGCGCACGUUCACGGACUGCUUCAACUGCCUGCCCGUGGCGGCGCUCAUAGACGAGAAGAUUCUCUGCAUGCACGGCGGCCUGUCGCCUGAGCUGAAGUCGCUGGAGCAGAUUAAGCGCAUCACCCGGCCAACGGACGUGCCCGACUCGGGCCUGCUGUGCGACCUGCUGUGGGCGGACCCGGAUAAGGAUAUCCAGGGCUGGGGCGAGAACGACCGUGGCGUGUCCUACACGUUCGGGCCGGACUGCGUCACGGAAUUCCUCCAAAAGCACGACCUGGACCUGGUGUGCCGCGCGCAUCAGGUGGUGGAGGAGGGGUACGAGUUCUUCGCAAAGCGCCAGCUUGUGACCAUAUUCUCGGCGCCGAACUACUGCGGCGAGUUCGAGAAUGCGGGAGCGAUGAUGAGCGUGGACGAGACGCUGAUGUGCUCCUUCCAGAUCCUGAAGCCCGCCGAGACGAAGGCGAAGGGGCGGCGCUGAGUGUGCCGUAGCAGCUGUGGCGUGGAGUCGUCUGUAAUGGAGUGCGCAACGCUUUAAGCGCGCAGUACAGAUUUAGCAGUGCAUGGCCCGGAACACGGGCAGUGCCCGCGGACAAUGGGUGGCGUUGCCAGAAGCAGUGGCGCGUGAAGGAGCUAUGGGUGCAGCAGCUUCUAUGACAGACAAGGUGUAGAAUUGAGGGAUGGUCGUGGGCCCUGGCAUGGUGAUGGCACAGUUCUGUGCCACCAUGAUGGAGGAGGCGGUCCGGGUCUGGUGGGGGGUAGGAAGGUUGACGGUUUGACGUCCGAACGAUUCCUCAGGAGAAAGCAAGAAGGGGUGCCUGUGCUGUUCGGCGUCACAUGCACGCUUUGCGAACCAAUGGCUGGCGCUAGUCCUGGGGGCACCUGAGAUGCCUGGUUGCGCCGAGCUUUUGAGGCGUGAUUGGCUUUGACCUCGUUAGUGGACAGGUUCGUAGUUUGAGGAGCCGAAUGGCCUCGAGUCGGCGAGUGAUCGGGCUUCAACAAGCCUGAACGGCGACGGAGUGAUGAGCGCGACGAUUAUGUUUGCUGAGUAUUUGUGUGUUACGGCCAGCCUGGCCCGGAUGUGCCUGCACUGUGUGGGUGCACGUAUGAGCCGCGAUCCGCGCGCUUGUGGCUUUCGGGCAGGCUGUGGACAGGGUGGCAGCGGGAAGAAUGCGCGCCACAAGUGCGUGGGACGUCAGGAAACUGAAUCGGGGUGACACUGCUGGCGUGCUGCCCGCUGAUUAGAGUGUGUUCACGCGUCAGCCCAUGUCCAAGGGACAGUGACUUGUAAGAUCACAUUGCC